AAUCACAUCUGUAUGAGUGUUUCGUUCGUUCUGUAGUUCGGCUAUGAGUUAUAUUUUGCGGAAGAGUGGUGUACAAUUUUUCCCCGAUUGUAGAAAAACCAAUUUAUUACAUUUGAAACUCUUUUUCUUUUGAAAAAACUACUUAAUAUCUUUAAUGAAAUUCAGUUAACCCCGAUCUAACAACAUCAAGGAUAUCACACCAUUGAUUCUGCUGUAAAUUAGAGGAAAAAUACAAAGAAAAAAUUAAACAAUAAGAUUUCAGCUUAGUAGUGUGCAAGGAUAAUAUCUCGCUGUCAAACGAAGGCAAACAAGAAAAUCCUUGAGACGAAAGUGUUGGAAUGUUAAAUGCGGUGUCCACUGCUUGCUUAACAUUGAAUGGUAGUCAUCGUUGUCUGAAAAUUUAUAAAUUGAACAAACUUCAAAUAAGCCAACUCAAAUACCACUUGCGCAUCUUGAGUCUAAUUAUAGUCUCUUACUUAACUUUGGAUGGCGCUACUGUCAGAUGUGGACCUGCGUUUCAACCAACAAGAUUCUUCUGCGGGUGCAAUUCUCAGACAGGUUAUGGCGAAUUUAAACUUUCAACAACCCCCGAGAAGUAUAGCUAACUCAUCAAUCGGUCGAAGUACGGGUGGUGGCUUCGGCGGUAGUUCGUUAUCCGGCCAUGUGACGCCUACAUCAGGAAUGUUUCCAACAGGCCUCCAAUUACCUAUAGGAGGGGCAAAUUAUGGCCAAUCUCAACAACCGCAAUUAUCUCCAAAUCGGAAUGCCCAACUUUCGGUAGGAGGUCCGGCGUUAUCAAGCAGUGGUCGACCGAAUAUAUUCAAUCAAAGACAAUUUGUUGAAAGGCGAACUAUGCAAGGAUUAAGUGGUGGUCCAAUGUCAAACAUGGGAUCAUUCAUGCAGUCAACCCGCGGUUACGGUUCUGGUGGAACUGGAAAUUCCCUUAAUAAUUUCCAUAAUGUUUUUGGUGGAAGUGGUGAUACAGCGACACCGCCACUGCUUGAUCUCUCAGAAUUUCCCUCAUUGACGAAUGUUCGUGGCCAGAACGACCAAUCACUGCCUCAGACGAAUCCCCUACAGCCACCUGGAAGUAAACCUUAUGGCAGCGAAAUGCAACAAUCAAGUUUAUUUCGUUUUCUUGCAGUUGGGAUGGUAAAACAACCAACAUCCGAACAAUCAGAGUUUACAAUGUCUAAUGAAGAUUUUCCUGCGCUCCCUGGCACUCAGAAUUCCGAUGGUACAACAAAUGCCGGUCUAUCGGAAAACAACCUGGACGGAACGGAAAAAUCUAUGAACUCAAUUGUUGGUAGUGGCUUGAGUGUUGGGGGUGGUAUGGAUCAUCAAAACGACAAUUCCAGCAAUGAUAAAAUUGUGAAAAGAGGAGUACAAACCUCUCCUGAUGGUAAAGUCACAAACAUCCCAGCGACCAUGGUUAAUAAUCAAUUUGGAAUGGUUGGUUUGCUGACAUUUAUAAGGGCGGCUGAGUCUGAUCCAAAUUUAGUGAGUUUAGCCAUGGGACAGGAUUUAACUGGACUAGGGUUGAAUUUAAAUUCACAAGAGAAUUUACAUCCUACAUUCGCGGGACCUUUUGCGGAUCAGCCCUGCAGAGCACAAGAUGUUGAUUACAGUGUCCCGCCUGAAUACUUGAUCAACUUCGCGAUAAGAGAUAAACUGUCGCACCCCGUUCUGAAAAAAUUGCAAGAAGACCUGUUGUUCUUUCUAUUCUAUACGAACAUUGGUGAUGUUAUGCAAUUAAUGGCUGCUGCUGAAUUACAUAAUCGUGAAUGGCGGUAUCACAUAGAAGAGAAAAUUUGGAUAACUCGAAUUCCGGGGCUUAAUCAAUAUGAAAAAAAUGGUACAAAAGAACGAGGAACCUUUUAUUACUUCGAUGCACAGACUUGGAGACGAAUGUCCAAGGUUUUCCAAAUCGAUGCCGAGAAAUUAGAUAAAUGUCCCAAUAUAAGUGCGUUUAUGAACUUAAAUGGACAGUCUGUAUAAUAAUAAAAAAAAAAAAAAAAAAAAACAAAUCGAAAAAAAAAACUUUUUUUUUUGAUCUUGAAAAAAAACAUGAACAAAUCAAUAAAACCGAAAAUAUUUAAAUCAUUUUA